UCUCUCCCGAUCAGUUGCAGAGAGAAAGAAGAGAGAAAGAGGGUUUUGUGGAAUCCUAAAACCCUUCUCUUCUUCUUCGUUCCCUCACAAGCUUCGAUCGUUAAUCAUGCUUCUCAGAAGUGCGUCGACCUCAAUUCUCAAUCCAUGGAAACCCCAUUUGAAAGAAGCUUCCAUGGAGGCCGAAAUCGUCCACCAAAUUCCUAAAUCACGGUCCCUCACACUCUGUGCUUCUUCGAAAUUGUUGCCGCCGCCGCCGAUGAUUGGCGGUCCGGCGAUCAACAUGAUGCGGACCCUCUCUGUGCCCGAUCUGAGUAACCUCUCGGCGGUGGCGAAGAGGAGUCCGUUUUUGGAUGGGGGAUUGUGCUGUGGUGUUGCCGAAGUCGGGGAGAGUUCCGAUUGCGGUGGCGAUGGUGGUGGUUCGGAUGGUGGCGAUGAUGGCUGCUUUGGUUCUUGGGAUGCGGAUCGUGAGAACGAUUGGGCGGAUUUGUAUUAUCAGAAAAUGAUAGAAGCGAAUCCAGAGAAUUCGUUGUUACUAAGCAAUUAUGCUCGAUUCUUGAUGGAGGUUCGUGGAGACCUGCUGAAAGCUGAAGAGUAUUGUGGAAGAUCAAUCUCUGCAAAUCCUAAUGAUGGAAAUGUGAUAUCGAUUUAUGCUGAUUUGAUAUGGAAGAAUCACAAGGAUGCCUCCCGUGCUGAGAGCUACCAUCUUCAAGCUGCUAAAACUUCCCCUGAUGAUAGUUUUGUUUUAGCCUCAUAUGCGCGGUUCCUGUGGGAUGCUGGAGAAGAAGUCAAGGACGACGACGACGACGAAGAAGAAGAUGGAUUCGAUAGCUUUGGCGAGCCAUAUUCUUCACGUCCUUUUGAUUUUGGAGUUCAGCCUCUCAACUCACUCCUCUAACUGGUGCUUCAUAGUCUCUCUCUCAGGUACAUUCACAGUUGCAGAUGUUGUUAGGUAGUAUUCUUCAACCAUGAAAGCAUAAUAAGUUUGCUUACAGAAAGCUGUGGCGAACACUAGGGAUUUUCUUUUUCCCUCGCCUCUUUGAUCCUCAGUUUGUGUUUUGUAUAGAACAAUGAAACAAAUUGCUGAUUGAAGGAAAAUCCCAAUUUGCAAAGAA